CGCUUGUUUGCUCAAACUCUAUAAAAAUUGACUUUCAUAAAAAAUGAAAGUAAACAUUUACUAAUGCCAUGUGACAUUUUGACAUUAAAGCUCUAAGAACGCCUUAGUUUUUUAUUCUAGCAAAUGAGUACAGUGGUUAAUAAUGUUCUUUAAUGUCGAGUAAUGUGUUAUAAAUAACAGCCUUCAAAGUCUAAAUGAAAUGGAGUAAUUGUUACCAAAAGUGAAAUAUAUUCAAUAUUUAUUGUUACGAAUUUAUUAGUACAAAUGGAUGGAUUCCUACAAAAUCCACAAUUUCAAAUUAAGUUGUCUGAACUACUUGAUCAAGAUUGGUUUAAGAUUGGUAUUUCCUUAAAAGUCGAAGAGCAUAGUGUAAAAUCAAUAAAAAGUGAUUUUGUAAAUUUUCCAAAACAAGAAGACAAAGCAUAUGAAAUGAUAAAAAAAUGGUUCAAUUUUGAUAAAAAUCCGACGUUUGAAAAGUUAAAACAUGCCAUUUUAGAUAUUCCAAAACACGAUUUAUUGAUGGAGGUGGAGGAUCUUGCAAGUCGGUUUUUCACAAUGCCUUCAUAUUUAUCAGAAGGUGCUUCUAAUACAGAGAUUUCAAGUUUACCAAACAAAGAUUCCACUGUUUCUUCCAAUAAAGAUUUGUCAAGGUCGUCUGCAAUAUUGAAAAAAUAUUAUCAAAAAUAUUAUUGGAAAAUUAAUGAACUUCAACCACUAAUGAAAGCACCUGUAGAUGUUGAUCUAAAUCAAAAAUUUGUUGAUCUAUGUAUUGUUGAUGCAGUGAAUGCUCAAGUGGAACGCUCAAAGGAUGCUGUUCUAAGUGUUGAACGAAAGAAAUUCCUUGAAAAACAAAUGAAUUAUACACCAAUAAAAUUUAGUGAAAUAUUUACGAAAGAAAAAUCAGUCUUAUUAAUAUCUGGAAUAGCUGGUAUUGGGAAAACAUGGUUGCUUAGAAAAUGUUUGCUUGAUUGGUCAAAUGGUUUAAUUUGGAAAAAUAUUGAACUUAUUUUUUAUUUGGAAUGCAGGAGACUUAAUCAAUAUUCAAAUAUUUCUAAUAUAAAUGAAUUACUAAAUGUUUUUUACAAAGAUAUUGUAAACGACUUUAAUAUAAAUAGUCAUACUGCACUGUUUAUAAUUGAUGGGUUAGAUGAGUUUAAAUAUUUCAAUGAGUUAUUAAAUCCAAGUUUGACAUGUAACUACCCGAUUGUUAAUGUUUUAGCAGAAAUUCAAAAGUACCAUCAUGUAAUUGCUGGUAGAGUUUAUGCAAUAGAUCAAUACCAAAGUAUAUCUACAGAAUAUAGUGAUAAGUUAACCAUUCAAGUAAUGGGGUUUAAUGAAAAUGGAAUUAAUAAUUAUGUAGAAAACCAUGUUAUGGAAGAAAAAAAAAAAAUUAUAAAAGCAAUUUUAAAAGAAUCUUCAAUUGCAAAAGCCAUGGCAUCUGUUCCUUUUUAUUUAUCUUCAAUGUGUAAAAUUAUAAGUGAUUCAAAAUAUAUGGAUUUAAUUUCUUUCUUAACAAUGACAGAUUUGUAUGCAAAUAUUUUUUUGCACUUUAUACGAAAACACAUCAUUAAAAACAACAAAUUGGUACAUGAGAUAAUAGAAGACAGCUCCAAUAAAAGAUAUAUUUUAAAUAUAUGUAAAAUUGCAUAUGAAAUGUUUGUGAACAAUAAAAUAGUUUUUUCCAAAAAAGAAGUUCAUGCUUUUAUAGGUGACUUUGAUAAAAAUGAAGAUAAGUAUUUUGGUUUUAUAGAAAAGAUUGAAACAGACCUUGGUAGUUAUUAUAAAUUCGCACAUUUGACAAUAAUGGAGUUUUGUGCAUCUGUUUAUGCAUAUAAUUAUUUAAGUAGUGAUGAGAUUAUGGUCAAUGAGAGGCUGAAGAGUUGUUUAUCAAUGAUUUGUGGAUUAGCCAAUAAAAACCAAAACAGUUUAAUAAAGUUUCUUGUUAACCUGAAUCCUUCAACAAAAUCCAAUGAAGAAUCUUUAAUUUUGUAUUCUGUUUUGGAUCGUCUACGUAAAAGUUAUGAAAGUAAAGAUUACCAUGAUUUAUUCAUUGAAUGUUUUUAUGAAAGUCAAUCAUCAUUUAAUGAUGAAAUUAAAUCAAUGGUUGAUAAACGAGAGUUGUGGUGGAUUUCGAUUAACGAUGGAAAAACUUCUUACUUAACUUCUUGCGAAAAUUAUUUCAUAAAUCAUUACGUAAAAUCUGGAAGAAAGUUAUCGAUGUUACAAGUUUAUAAAAAUAUUUUAAGUGAUGAAGAAGAAAAACUUUUAAUACAAUGUUCAACUAAUGUUCGCAAUGUCAUCUUUUAUCAUCCAAUUAAUUUCGAUGGAUGGAAACCGAAAGAUAAGAUUGAAAUGUUGUUGAUAUCGAUCUCACUUUUUUCUCACAAUUAUUUAAUAACAAAAAAAGAUUUUGAAGAAAAUUUUCUUCCGUGGAUUAAUCUUUGUGAAAAAUUAGAACUUCGACUUCAUGAAGACAUUGAUUUUAAUAAUGAAUUUUAUGAAUGGAUUCGUUGUUCGAAUGUCAAGAAGUUUUAUAUCUGGUACCGUGGAAAAGAUUUUUAUACCCUCGAUGAAUUAAAAAACUUUACAACACAAUAAAAUAUUUAAUACCUUAAAUAUAUUAAAUAAAAACAAUAACUAUAAAUAACUAAUGAAAUA